UAGAAAAUUUCCAUUUUAGGGGUAUGGAGUAGUUACGGUAUUGUAACGGAAACUUUCGCCAACAUCUCAGUUACCUCAAAACGCUUAGGCGAGUGAAAAAUCGUAUUCAUCAAAAUGCUAAGCCAUGACAGAUAACGCGAGAUUCUCGUGAGAAUUUGACGUCACAUGAAUGGGGAAAACAUCCAUUCAUGGAAAUGUACAACAAAUUGUCGUCUGCUACAAAUCAACUGCAACAGCAUCAUCGACAUCUGGGAUCAAUAGUUGCUUAACAACGCUGACUGAAAUGGCCAAAUGGUGGCAGGAGAAAGAAUCCCGCCUGUUGAGGGAUCUGGAUGCCAUGGUUGAUCUUCUUGAAGAUCUCAGCCACUCUGUGGCCUUUGCGUCUGCCUUGGACAGACAAACUUCUUCAGCUCAUCAAAACAAUUCCGACAGCUUCAGCCCUACUAACCAGCCUGAGUCCAUUUUUGGAAUAAACAUCACCCAAGCCAUCAACGGCAAUGCAAGGCGUCUGGGAGUGGUUACUGCAAAAGGAACUGCAUCUGUCCAGACAUUGUUUCUGCCAGACUUCUUGAAGAUUCACAAGCUCUGUAAAUUUCAACACAGCGUGACAGUGUUAAAAACAGCGUGACAGUGUUAAUGUUCUGCCUUCCAACAGUUUUCGCGUACGGUCUCAUCUUUUACACAUACAGCUAUGCGGUCUCGUAACAUUCUCCAUAAUUCAUGAGGUUUUCUCAAGUUGACUUAGUGUGGUAAUGUAAGCAUCAAUUGUUUCACUGUUCUUGAGAUUGCUUUAUUAAACAAAUAAGCCUCAUAUGCUUCAUAAGUUUCACCAAUGCAAAAUUCUUUGAAGUUUUGCAGAACAGUGUCAAUAUAAUUCCUAUCCUCUUGCUCCGAAAAAGGUAGUCCAUCAUACACUUCCGUUGCAUCCUCACCAAUACAAGCUAGAAGAACUGUACAUCUAUAAUGAGAUGGUUCCAUAUCUAACUGAGAUGCAAUCUCAUAAUUUGUCCACUGACGGUAAAAUCGUCUCCAGUUACUUUCCACAUUUCUAGUACUCGUAAUAUCCAAUUUACUAGGCAUGGGUAUAUUAGCUUGAAAUAGUUUUGGAGUUGUUUAACGCACUCUUUCCUCCUUAUCAUAUAGUAAGGGAGACAACUACUGUAUAUACUAAGCUGCAUGAGGUAUCUCAACUCUGGUAAUCACGUGACAGUGGUACUAAAAGGUUGUUUUGUUUAACGACACAGCCAGACCAUAAUUAAUAAUACUUAAAAUCUAGGUCUACUCUGGGUGUGGCAUAAAAAAGUACGUUUUUCAUUUUAACACAGAAACGGAUGACUAUCCUCAGUUUUGUUUUGUAAAGUACUAAAAACACCAACAUGAUCUCCAUAUUAAUAGCCAUAAUACACCAAUUUAUUAAAACUGUAAAACAUGAUUUUGCAUCAGGAAAAGAUGUUAUAAUAUUGUAUUGUGAAACUGAAGCUUUGUAGCGGCUAUGUACUGUGGCAACGUUUUACGCUGGGGGUAGAGGAAUUCUACCCCAGAAAACAUUGGGGAAAUAUGUAUGGAGUAGGGAGUGGGGUGAGGCGGAGUGUGGUGUUUUUACACCUUAAACCUUGCACAUUUAAUGUAUAAUGUUCUGAAUGUAAGUAACCCACUGUGCUAAAUGCUGUAAGCAAUAGUGACAUAAUGUUCUGAAUGUAAGUAACUCACUGUGCUGAAUGCUGUAAGCAAUAGUGACAUAAUGUUCUGAAUGUAAGUAACCCACUGUGCUAAAUGUUGUAAGCAAUAGUGACAUAAUGUUCUGAAUGUAAGUAACCCACUGUGCUGAAUGCUGUAACCAAUAGUGACAAUGUUCUGAAUGUAAGUAACCCACUGUGCUGAAUGCUGUAAGCAAUAGUGACAUAAUGUUCUGAAUGUAAGUAACCCACUGUGCUAAAUGUUGUAACCAAUAGUGACAUAAUGUUCUGAAUGUAAGUAACCCACUGUGCUAAAUGUUGUAACCAAUAGUGACAUAAUGUUCUGAAUGUAAGUAACCCACUGUGCUGAAUGCUGUAAGCAAUAGUGACUGCAACUAAAACCCUCAAUCCAUAGUGUCUGAAGUUGACCGUGUUCCUGGCAGUCUAUACUGACAUUCAUUCACACAAUACAACUUUUUACGGACUAGGCUAGUAGUAUAUUAAAAGAAUGCCUUCUUUUAUUAAGAUAUUUAAAUAUAAUUGUCUGAUGCUGUAAUUGGGACUCUGUGGCAGCCCGCACUUUGCAGACUUGUCAUAAUACGCUCUCGGCUAUGUAUCUAUUGAUGUAUGUAUUUAUGCAUGAAUGUAUUUGUCAU